GAAACGCGAGGACCACCGUCGCGUCGGCGCCGGCCAGAGCGCGGAUCGUCGCGCCGAGGGCGGCGUACGAUCGCGGCGAGUAGAGCACGUCCGAGGCGACGACGGUGUCGAAGCCUUCAGGCCAGCGCCCGGCGAGGUCGGCGAGGUGCGCGGCGUCGCCCCAGCGACAGGGCGCGACGCUCACCGCCGCGGCCCGCUCUCCGUUGAGCCUCGCAUUCUCAGCGAGCGACUCGAGCCGGCUGCGCUCCUCCCGCUCGCCCGGCCCGGCGGCGAGCGUCACGACCGAGUCGGCGUCGGAGAGCACGACGUGUUUGGCUCCCAGCGCCGCAGCAGAGAGGCCCACGGCGCCCGUGCCGGCGCCCAGCUCGAUGACCGACCGGCCGCACACAAUUGAGGCCCGGCGCCGCUCGAGGUGGGCGAUGGCGAGCGGCGCAGACUCCCACACGCGAAAGCCAGUCACGUCGCCGACCUCGCCGAUCCCACUCCCGGAGCGCGUCGCACCCGCUGCGAGCUCGAUCGAGUCGUAGUAGUGCCGCGCCGUGUUGUGGAUGAGCACGGGCUGGCCGUCAAUCUGCGCGACGGCGCGCUGCGCGGCACGCGCAGCGAUCCGGCGGCGAGCGAUCCGCAUUCACUCUUGGGCCCAAUGCACAGCCUCAGAUGAAGAAUGGCGCUGCCAGAGCCCACGAGCAGCUUGGACGGCGCUUGGAGGGUCGGCGAAUGACACUAUCAAGAGGAGACCAGCAGGACUCUGCUACACAUACUCUAGUCCCUACUCUGCCUCCGGUCCCACCAUCUUCUU